AUGAAGAAUAUUAUUUCUAUCUUAGCUUUUGUCAUUUUCGCUCUUACCAUUUUUGGUGUCGAUGCCAACAAUGGCCGUUCCUUGAAAAGAUGUCGAAAUGAUUUGAGAAGAGUGCAAACUAAAGUAAAUGUACUUGAAAAGAAGGCAAAUAAGUGUCCUGUUGUAUUUGGACCAAGCGAUGUUGCUUUUAUAAAGAAUUUGCCACAAGAUUAUUGCUCAAUCUUUAGAAAGGGAGGUUCAAAACAAGGCGAAUUAGGACAAGCUAAUGGACAACAAAUCUUUACUGGCAUUUGCUCAAACACACCACAGGGAGAAAUUCCAAAAGUUGAAAAUAUGCCAUCAACCCUUAUUACUUUCCCAGAGAAUGGUGCCAAAAUUAAGAUAGGUUGUCCAUUCAAAGUUCAAGUUCAUUCCACCAACAUUGAAUUUGGUUUUUUCAGUGAUCCAGUAUUUACAUAUAAUGCUUUCCCACAAGCAUUAAACGAUAAAGGUCAAAUCAAAGGACAUCAACACGUUACCAUCCAAUUUCUUGGUGACAAGAAAAACAAGAAUCCACCAAAUGCUCAAAUAUUUAAUUUCUUCAAAGGUCUUAACGAUAAAUCAAAUAAUGGAAAAUUGGAAACACUUGUCGAUGUUGGUUUACCAAAAGUAGGAUUAUACAGAAUUUGUACCAUCCUCUCAUCCUUCAGUCAUCAAAGCGUUGUAUUGGUAUGUACAUGUACAAAAUAUUUAUUGGAUUUUUGUAUUUGA